AUGGUUCGCUGUGUGCGAUUUUGGCGAGGCCAAUGGAAGAAGAGUGGAGAUGAGUGGGAGUUCAUAACCCAUCCAGAAGACAUAGGCUAUAGGGUGGUCGUCUAUGCGACUGUGAGCUACAAUGCGAUUGACCAGAUAUUAAGACAGCGCUACGGUCUCAGCCAGAAUACCCCUCUUGUCCUUUCUCACCGACUUCCUAGUUGGAUGCUCGGUCCCCAAGGUAACCGGAUACCGCCAGCGACGAUCUCGAGCACGGCUGAGUUGUCUUGGCUUCUCCAUGGGAGAACCUGGAUAAGUGAGCUUCCUAUACUCAUAAUGAUGGGUCCAAAAGACGUUGCUGAAUAUGAGUUUCACUGCCGUACUAAUUUUGCAAUAGGCAAUACAACGUAUGUCUUUGAUCACACAGCAAACGAUAACUCAAGAGCCGCUUACGAAAGUUUAGUCUUUGGUAAUCGUGCAGCACAGACCGAGCGGGUCAUGGAUGCUUUAUUUCCCCAAGACAGCUUGCGUCUCUUCCACCGAGUUUCAUUGGAGAUGGCUUUCGCAGACAACUUUCUGGCUACCCAACAGGGAGGAACACAGCCAGUUAGAGAGAUAAUCGAACUUGACGACGAUGACACUGAAAUGGAUGAAGUAGCACUAGGAAAUGCUACAACAGGUAUAACCGGCUUUGGAGCCGAAGCCAUUGGACCUGAUGGUGAAGGAAAUGCGAACCCUGGUGUAUCCGGGCUUCUUAACGAGGUCGUAGGAACUGUUGUUCAAGGAAAUGCGAUCCCUGGCGUAACUGGGCUUGGUACCGAAGGAGAUGGACCUGUUCUUCAAGAAAAUGCGACCCCGGGUGUGACUGUGCUUGGUAACGAAGUCGUUGGGCCUGUUGGUCAAGGAGAUGCGCCCCCAAUAUUAUGGGAUGUUGGUAUGGACAUGACGGCAAUGGAAGAGCAUCGAAGGGCGCGGGCAACGCCAACUGAGGGACUUGAUGAUGGUAUGAUGUUUUGGGCUCGUAUAGCGACAGAAUGUCUGGCAGGCGGUGGACGUGGGGCUACUGUGAACAUAAAUGAUAAUGUUGGGUCCGAAGUGGGAGAGCGAAUUGAGCCUGUUCGCCCAGUGGACAGACGGGGUUUGAGCCCAUCUCCAGAUGGUCUUGAUGACAGCGAAGGUUCUUACACGGACUCGACGCAUGCAGACAUUGGGCCCCUAACACAGCCCACAAGUGACGAGUUGGAGGCGGCUCGUGGAUUGGUGUUGGCCACUACUAAACCAGUGGAGGGGGAUAUUCCAAUGGGGACCGAACCAACCGCAAGUAAAACUCUUGCUCCGAUGGUGAAGUUGGCAAUGUUCUGUGCAACAAAAGGCGAAGGGUCCACCAAUCCAAAACAGAGGCCGAAGGAGACUUCUUCUGAAGGGAGCAGCACAGAAGGUGGGUGGUGAAUUCGAUUCAAUUAAGUCAAGUAGCUCUUUUUCCUGUGGAUAUGUCGGAUGUUUAAUAUUGCGUUUGUGUUGGUUUGCUAAUAUUUUGAUUAUCAAGGGGAGAUUGUGUUUUGGGUAGGGUUUAAAAUUAUGUAACAUUUUCAAAGUCGGGGUUGUUCAAGGUUUUCCAAAGGUUAAACGGCUAAGUUAGCGUUGAUCUAAUGUA